UCUCACUCCAGACUUCUGAUACUACACGUUUUGGGCUCUUGUUCGUGAACAGUGGCUUCCACCUCUCUUGGAAUGCAGUGUACAUCCCAGGCAUGCCAGGGGCACCGCUCUGUAACAGACAAGUGUGGAGGUGGAGAGCUGUCCAACCAGCCGGGGAGGCACUUCGGGGUGGAAGUGACAGCUACGAAUGUUCAGGACCUUGCAGAAGCCUCAGUGGAGGCUUUUAUUUCAGGGCUGCUCACACUUUCCCACUUUCGUCGCCCACCACACGCAUACUUUAAAAAGAAUGCAAAUUGGCCUUUCUACUCCAUGCGAUUCCUAUUAUUGUUUUAAAAUAAAGUUUUAUUUUAAGUUGUUGGACAUGGAGUAAAGUGUACCAAGUUUUGUCAAUUGCAAAAGCCCUGAGCACUCCUGGAUCUGAGCAUUUUAGCUGUCCCACCUUGGGGACUUGAGAUGUGUGUUGUUUUUUAAUUUCCUUUCUCACCAAAACCCCAGAAUAAUAAUAAUUAUUAAUGUCUAUGGAGUAUUACAGUGUCUCAAGCACACUGUGAAUAUAUGACUAGCUCAUUCAGUCCUUUUAGCAAAUCCGUAAGUUAGGCACUGUUAUUCUUCUGAUUUUAGAGACAAGGAGGCUCAGAGAAGUUAGGUAACUCAUCCGGUGUCACAUAGCUGGUGUUGGCAGAGUUGGAUUCUACCAGCUGGUUUUACCCCCAGGAAGGUAGAGUGAGAUGCCACAGAAUCCUUCUCCAUCCCUCUUGCUUAAAAGAGAGUGACAGCUUCCAACAGUUGUGUGUGUCCGUAUCUUCCUGGAGAAGGAGGACGAAGGGAAGGGGGAGUCAUAGAAGCUAGAGCUGUGAAGGUCUUUAGAGACAGACAGCUCGCCCUCUUCACUCCCCAGAUGCGGCUGUGGGGAGGACCAGAGAGGAACGGCUUUACUCCAGAUCGCAGAGCAAGUCAGCAGGGUGGCCAGGAACGGCCCUGGGCUCUGAGUAUGGAUGGAGCAGAUGACAUCAUAUUUCUUUUACUGAUUUCCUGCAUCUUUGUCCAUUCGUCAUCUAAACGGAGCUUCCUCUCCUUUGUAGCACAGCUGCGCAGCCUGGCGGCUGUCUUUUGAAGGCCUUCCCAGAGAAUAGCAUAAGCACCUGGAGAGUGGAGAUCACGUUGUUUUUGUCUCCAAUUGCUGUCACAGUGCCGGUCUCACAGAAGUGGUCUAGUAAAUAUCUGUGGUCCAGAAUGAACCUACUGUCCCAGAAAUGAAGAAGAGAACCAAACCUGGUCAUUGACCUAGUCCUGGAGUUUCUGGGAUGUAUUCAUUCUUCUCCUAAAUGUUUUGGCCCUAAAAUAAUCCUGUGCUACAGGGAGCACUGAAAAAAAGAUGAGUUUAAGAUAAAAAAGAAAUUCCUGUCCCCUUACUGUACUGCCGCCAGCUUACAGCAACAUGGGAUUUCUCUGGCUUCUUACAUCUCAUUAUGCAAAUCAAGGAGCAGAAGGUGGAAGGCAGAUUCUCAGAGGGAAAUGACCUCAGCAUUUAUUAGGUGUCAGCCAAGUGCCCAAGGAGUUCAAUUCAGAUCCCUCUUUGGGGAGGCCCUGAAAAUCCCUGAUAACCUAAAUUCUCUAAAUCUUUUAGGCCUUGAGGGAGAGAUGGAGGGUGAGAAGAAGGAAGCGAUCUGAUGUCCAAGUUACACAUUUCCCAUCAGGAGGCUGUCCUGGACAGAGACCUGGACCUGGGACUUGUUGGCAUUCCAUUAGAGAAGCUGAGUCAGGCUGGGGAUGAAGCCCAGUGGUGUAGCACCCGCCCAGUAGGUUUGAGGUCCUGGGUUCGAGCCCUAGUACUACAAAAGAAAAAAAAAGCUGAACUGGGAUUUAAGAGAACCAAAUGACAAAUGUGUAAUUUAGGGGAGAGGGUGAGAGAGGUUGGAUAGGAUACCUUGGGAUAUGCAUGCUAGAGGGUGCACAUGGACUGUGUGUAUAUGGGGACACGUGGAGAUACGUGACAAAGAUAUGGGGACAAGAUGGAGAAUCAUGAGAGCUGAGCUGUCCCAGGGCAUUUUUAACAGCAUCUUCCAGUCUUUCCCUAACAACAAUCCCACAAUCCACUAACAGAUCCUGCUGAUUGGUCCAUCAUGCUGGUCUCUAUAGGGUGGCUUCUUUCAGUCCUGGGGGCUUCCCACCCAGAGCAGGGCAGACCAGCCUCCAGGGAAAGUCAGAAAAAGGCUCCCAACUGGGCACGGAGCAUAGGCUGGGUUCCUGGUCCCAUCUGUCCUACUGCCGGGUCCAAGCAUGGUGGGAAAAGACCAAUCUGGGACCCGGCUGGCCCUAGGCUCCAUGCGGGGUCUGGAGCUCAGUUUUCCCAGCUGUAAAGGUGAAAUUGUAUUCCAUCUUCCUAGAGCCCCUUUCUGGAUCAGGUGUCCCACCAGUUGGGGAUUCUGACUUUGAAUAGUCAGCAGGCAAGGUGUAGGUUGGGGGUCAAAGGGAAAGAGAAGAUUCCGGGAAAAUCCUAGCCAGCUGCUCACAGAUAUGUAGUCGUUUGGCCCGGAGAACUUUGUCUAAGAAGCGAAAGGCGUGUAUCUUUUUAGUUUAACAUUUCUGAGCCUCAGUUUCCACCUAUGAGAAAUGGGAGUGGUACUAUCCCACAGGAGGACAAACCAACCACGUUAGUUGUCCAGGUGAAAUGGCCAGGGACGGAAAAUGUGCUCCACGAGGCAUUUGCGGACCGAAGAGGGUUUGGUUGAGAAGAUUUCAAUUGUGUAUGGGGUCCCUGGGUGCAAGGUCUGGAGCUGGGGUGGUCGCCUCCUCCGCCCCGGGCAGCCGAGGGUUAAAAAGAAAGCCCCACGCCCCCUCCGGCGGCUCAGAGCCCACCUCGCUGAAUUUGAAAAGGCGGCCCCCGAGAGGCGUGGGCGCCCCGGGCCGCUUCCAGCUCCGACCCGGGCUCUGCGCGCUCGCUGCCCGGCUCGCUCCCUCCCUGCUGGCCGGGGCCGCGGGUUCGGUCCCGCCUCCCGUGCGCUCCAGAUCGUCCUCGCGCCCGCUCAGGACGCCGGGUCCUCGCGCAAGAUGAGGCUGGCUCUGCUCCUGCCUUGGGCGUGCUGCUGCCUCUGCGGGUCGGCGCUGGCCACCGGCUUUCUCUACCCCUUCCCGGCCGCGGCCCUCCCGCAGCACGGCUACCCCGAGCCCGGCGCCGGCUCCCCGGGCAGCGGCUACGCGAGCCGCCGGCACUGGUGCCAUCACACGGUGACACGGACGGUGUCUUGCCAGGUACAGAACGGCUCGGAGACCGUGGUUCAGCGUGUGUACCACAGCUGCCGGUGGCCUGGACCCUGCGCCAACCUCGUGAGUUACAGGACUCUCAUCAGACCCACGUACAGGGUGUCCUACCGCACGGUGACAGCGCUGGAGUGGAGGUGCUGCCCUGGCUUCACCGGGAGCAACUGUGAUGAGGAAUGCAUGAACUGCUCCCGGCUCACAGACAUGAGCGAGCGGCUGACCACGCUGGAGGCCAAGGUGCACCUGUUAGAGGCAGCCGAGCAGCCGUCGGGCCCUGACAACGACCUGCCAGCACCCCAGAGCACACCGCCACCCUGGAACGAGGACUUCCUCCCUGACGCCAUCCCCCUGGCCCAUCCGGGACCCCGGAGGAGGAGGCCCACGGGUCCAGCUGGGCCCCCAGGCCAGACAGGACCCCCAGGACCUGCAGGGCCACCAGGCUCCAAAGGGGACCGGGGCCAGAUGGGAGAGAAGGGCCCAGUGGGGCCUCCGGGGCUCCUGGGGCCACCAGGGCCCCGUGGACUUCCUGGAGAGAUGGGGCACCCUGGCCCCCCAGGACCCCCUGGCCAAGCAGGCAGCCCAGGCCUCUCACCAAAUGACCCUCAAGGCGUCCUCUACUCCCUGCAGCCACCCACGGACAAGGACAAUGGGGACUCCCAGCUGGGACCUGCUGUCGUGGACACUGUGCUCGCAGGAGUCCCUGGGCCGCGGGGCCCUCCCGGCCCCCCUGGUCCCCCAGGACCACACGGUCCUCCAGGACCUCCAGGAGUCCCCGGAUCCCAGAGUGAGCCUGGCGUGAUCUCAGAAGAAGAGGACAAAGCCGCUACUGCAGAGGGGGAGGGGGUACAGCAGCUUCGAGAGGCGCUGAAGAUCCUGGCAGAGAGAGUCCUCAUCCUGGAGCACAUGAUUGGCAUCCACGAUCCUCUGGCCUCCCCUGAGGGGGGCUCUGGCCAGGAUGCCGCCCUGAGAGCCAACCUCAAGAUGAAGCGGGGUGGCGCCCAACCUGAUGGUGCCCUGGCUGCCCUGGCUGCCUUGCUGAGUCCCGAGUCUGCGCAGAAGAGUGCCAGCCAGGCCAGCAGCAGAAAAUGAGGGCCAGCUCUCCAGGACAAGCCCAGGCCCGGCAAAAGACCCUGCCUGGGCAGUGCUGCCACUGGACCUGGAGGAGGCCCAGCUUCAGGCUGGACAAUUGUGAAGAAUGCUGGCUCCUGGGCCUGGGGGUCCUUGGGGGCGGAUGGAACUCCCAGGGCAGGGUUCCAAGGGGACUGGCACCCUCGGCAGAGCCCUUCCCUUACCCUGCCCAGCCCCCCUCCAGCCCCUGCUGGAGACGGAGUCUGGGUGGGCUGGGUGUCGGCUGAGAAUAACCAUAGUCCUCGUCAUUUACUGAGUCCCCGCUGCAUCUGGGCCCAUCCAGGGAGCUUUCCUUAUGUUGUCUCAUUUAACCUGUAGGAGGUAGGCUUGUUCUCCCCACUUGAUGCGGGGACCGGGGCUCAGAGGGCAUAAAUAACCCACCAAGGCCCCAGGGUCAUGGAUGCCCGGGCAGGAUUUGAACCCUGGCCUCUUGGGUCCUGAAGCCCUGUUCCCUGAACACCACAGUUUCUUCCCCUUCAUGAGGAAGCAGACAGGAGGGUGUAGGCAGGGGCACAGGAAGUGAGGUCAGCCUGGCAUGGAACCUGCAGGGCCCUGGGCCUCCCUUAGGCUCCUCAGGUUGCAGAGGGGCUGGCCUGAAGCUGCUCUCUGAGCCCAGGGAGACCUGAAUAUACCACUGACUGUCACCUGCACUUGGGGACCAGGAGCUGGAGAUGUGAAGGCCUCUGAACCCCACCGGCAUUGCCCACCUCUCCCUCCCAGUCUCUCUGAGCCCAUCCACAGCCCUGCCAAGCCCUUCCACCCACCAAGGCAGGAGGGCACAUUACCGGGGCUGCCCAUUGGUGGGGGACAAAGCCCCACUCCUCCCAGUCUCUAUGGGAAAUCUCUAGGGUCUGCCACUUCCAGAGGACACAGCACACUGGAGAGAGGGGAGCCUCCCAGGUCCCAGGCCUGCUGGGGGAUGCUGCCCCCAGCCCUGAGAGCUGGGGUCCUGGCAGGAUCCAGGGCAGAGGCCAGUGAGGUCCCAGUGGCCCAGAGCAGCUCAGACCACAGCCCUUGAGGCCUCUCAGUCCCCAGGUCCCUGUGAUCUGCUCGGUCCCCAUGUUCCUCUCUCACUGGGCCAGGACCCAGGACUCAGCGACCACAUAAACUCAGAGACUAGAAGGUGCUGGCACCACCUGGUGGCUGUCUCCCCGCAUGGCAGGAGUGGCCCAGAUGCCCCUCCUGAGGCAGGUCUGCUCGUCCUCAUCCUCGUAGAGGGACGCUGGAGGCCUGUAAGCUGGAGCCCUGUGACACUGUUCUUGUAUCUGACAAUAAAGGUGCUCUCC